AUGAGUAAUAUUGAAGGCAUUGAGCAAGGCUCAGCUUCCAAUGCCCAAAGAGCCCGAUCAGGCACAACAUCCACGUUGCAAGAACAGCAGGAAGGUGAACGUACGCCAAGACCAAGCAUUCGACGCGAGGAGAGCAACACUUCAAGCCGUUUUGAUGACUCCUCGUCCAGAUUGCGACUUCCUGGGCCAGCACGAACUUCCAGCGAGCAAGAAACAACACGACUUCUGUCAAGAGAUUUCGCAGAUCAAGACCCCGAACCUCGAUUGCGCCAUGUCAGAAGUUCAGCAAUCAGCUUUCGACAGCCCAGCAUACGUCGUCGCCUUGGGAGUGCUCAGCCAAGUCCUAGUCCCGGUCCGUCACAUUCAUGGAGGCACUUUGUCGACUCGGAUCGAAGGUCAGUCGCCAUUGCAGCUUCUGGCCGAGAUAACGACACCGCUUCACGGAGGUUCUCGCUAGCAGGCCCGGCACCUCUCGAUACCUUGGUCGCUAAUCAGCCGUACGUUGACCCAGGCUACGCACAACUUAAUCCAGCAUACGACCAGCCUGCAAAUACACGACCUAUAUGGGGCUUGGCCAAGCCUCUUCCUCAUGUGUUGCGAUCUGGCAUGGUUCCAACAAAGGACGAGCUGAAGCAGGAAGUGUUGCACAGGGAUGACAGACCUGAAUCGAUCGCAGAUCUGGAGACUGGUCGUAUCGAGCCAUCUCUUCGGCCUGGCAAAAUCGCUGCUCAACUUGACGACGUAAGACGUGGACGAGAGCUCCAUUUGUUUGAGACUUUCCAUCACCAGCGUCCGGGGUCGCCAGCUUUCUCACCCUUUGGAAGAUACCACAAGGAAUCCGCUGCGCACCACGAUAUCUCGGAGCUCCACUCUCGUCUAGGCGAGCCUAUCAUUGAGGAAGAGGACGAGGAGUACCAGCACCGCAAAUCAGAUCCCGAAUUAGCUGGCCUUGAUGAAGCGAUUGCCAAUGCAAAUAGGGCGAAAGAGGCAGAACACAGUAUUCAUCUACCAUAUCAGGACGCGAUCCCCCUGUUUGGAUACGAAGCCGAAGACGACGAAGUACAUAAUCUACAUACCUACUGGUCGGUGGUUCGUUUGCUUUUUCGAGAGCCGCUAGCGGAAUUGCUAGGCUAUACGCUCGGUUUCAGUGCCAAUUUGGCACUUACCGUCUCUCGAGGGGCAGCAGGAGUAGGAGAUACUGGUGACUGGGCAUGGGGUCUCGCUACAAUGAUUGCAAUCUACAUCGCAGGUGGUAUUUCUGGCGCUCAUCUGAACCCAGCAAUAUCAAUCAUGCUCCACGUAUAUCGUGGUUUCCCUCUCGCAAAGAUGCCGGCAUUCAUCACUGCACAGAUGGUAGGAGCUUUCCUAGCCACCCUCAUCACUUUCGCCAUCUUCCGACCCGGCCUCAUCGCGUUACAAGUACGAGAUCUGAACGUGCAAGGCCAGCACUCGGCAACGUUCGAAGCGAACGCAAUGCCACCCGCCUCGGUAGUGCUAGCAAACUUCCUCACAUUUCCACGUCAGGCAUGGGUAAGCACAGGCACUGCCUUCUUAACGGAACUCGUCGGCAGCACCAUCCUAGCCAUCUCAGUCCUCGCCCUCGGCGACGACACAAAUGCCCCACCAGGCGCAGGCAUGAACGCCUUCAUCGUCGGUCUCCUCGUCGCAGUCCUCGGUAUGGCGUUCGGUUACAACACCGGCCUGGCCAUGAAUCCAGCCAGAGACUUCGGACCACGAGUCGCAUUGGCCGUGCUCGGGUAUAGUUCCAGUCCAUAUCCGUCGCUGUUCGCGGAUGGUUACUGGUUCCGUGUCAAUUGGAUAGCGCCUAUCUGCGGCACGGUUCUCGGCGGGUUCCUGUAUGAUUCGAUGAUUUUUAUCGGUGGUGAGAGUCCUGUUAAUUAUCCUGCUGAGAGGAUUGGGAGGGCAGUGAGGAAGUGGGUGAAGAGGUGGCAGGCGAGGAUUGGGAGGACGAAGCAGAAGAUUGGGGAGAUAAAGGAUGAGGUGGUGGGUUGA